CACGGCCGGCCGGAAGUAAAUGAAUCCGCAUCUGUCCGACAGUGAUCGCCGCGUUGAAGUCGUCAAUUUUGUUAAUUUCUUUGCUAAUUUGGUGUGAAUUUUCAUGAUUCAGACAGCACUGGUGUUUAUCCCUCUCUUUUGUGAUACAAAAGUACUAUCGGGCAUGAUUAAAGAACAGUAAAACUCCGGGACAAGUACCGGUAUUAGCCCUGUGCCAGUGCCCGAGCAUUUUUCCACGUAGCGGAGACGACCAGGCGAGUGCCCCAGUUGUGCCCCGGUCGAGUCAGUGCUUGAGACCGUAGACCGAGCGACAGGCGCUGAAGCUGAAUUGGGAUCCCGCUAGCUAAAUUUCAAGUCAAGUCCCAGUUGGCUAAGCUCUGCAGUUGUAAAUGAAUUGAUAUUGACUUAAAUUUAUUUCAAACUCCGAUUUAUCAUCAGGAACAUCAAAUACGUUUCAUCUACACCGUGAUGGAGUUUGGAACCACCUUUUCUGUUUUAUUUUGUAUUAUUCUGUGUGAACUUUGUUGUCUGUCUUGCUCUUCUUCGUCAUCAGACAAUCACGAUAAUGGAGGUUUUUACACCAAUACUUAUGCAGUUCAUAUCAAAGGUGGACGUGCAGAAGCAGAAAGAGUAGCAAAGGCUCAUAAUUUUGUAUAUGUAGGAGAAAUUAUUGAAGACCACCACCAUUUCUUAGAUGAACAUCACACUGUGAAACGGUCAGCAUCUCACAGUCAUGUGAGGCAUCAACAUCUCUCAGGGGAACCAAAGGUACUAUGGUUUGAGCAACAAAAAGCCAGGAGCAGACAGAAGAGAGAUUUAUUAGAUUUGGGAACAAAGCCUUAUAAUCCUCAUCUUAAUGACCCUCAAUGGCCCAUUUGGUAUUUGUCGAGAGGGCCUGGUCUAGAUAUGAAUAUAUUACCCGCAUGGCAGGCAGGGUAUACAGGAAAGGGCGUUGUGGUCUCCAUACUGGAUGAUGGUAUUGAAAGAGAUCAUCCAGACCUUGUAAGAAAUUAUAGAAGGAAUGCUAGCUAUGAUGUCAAUGGUAAAGAUGAUGAUCCUGAACCCAGAUACAACUUCAGCAAUGAAAACAGACAUGGAACCAGAUGUGCAGGAGAAGUAGCAGCCCAAGCAAACAAUAGCAUAUGCAGUGUGGGCGCGGCCUAUAACGCUGGUAUUGGAGGUGUGCGUAUGUUAGAUGGUGAUGUGACCGAUGCCGUAGAGGCGCAGUCUCUGAGUCUCAAUCCUCAAAUUAUAGAUAUCUACAGUGCUUCCUGGGGACCCGACGAUGAUGGCCAGACUGUGGAUGGUCCAGGAAAGCUGGCCAAGAUUGCCUUCAGGAAUGGAACCGAAAAGGGACGGAACGGUCUUGGUUCUAUCUUUGUGUGGGCCUCAGGAAAUGGAGGGCGCUCUGACGAUAGCUGCGGUUGUGAUGGGUAUACCAAUUCAAUCUUCACCAUCUCAGUGAGCAGUGCUAGUGAGAGAGGAAAUGUUCCAUGGUAUUCAGAAAGCUGUGCCUCUACACUUGCUACUACCUACAGCAGUGGCAGUGGCAAUGAAAAACAGGUGAUGACAACAGAUUUGAGGAAGAAGUGUACAGACAGUCACAGUGGAACCUCUGCCUCAGCUCCUCUUGCUGCUGGUAUAUGUGCCUUAGCUCUUGAAGCAAACCCUCAGUUAAACUGGCGUGACCUUCAGCAUAUCAUAGUCAUGACAGCAAGACCUGAUAAUAUACACACAACUGACUGGAGUGAGAAUGGAGUGGGUCGGAUGGUGAGCCAUGAUUAUGGGUACGGCCUAAUGGAUGCGGGUGCCAUGGUGAUGUUAGCUAAGAAUUGGACCGAAGUUCCUGACCAACGCCUAUGUACCGUCAGCUCCAUGAAUGGAAAUGGACAGAGAAUCACAGGACGUUCUGCAUUGGUAGUCCAUGCCCAGACCACAGGCUGUCAGGAGACUCCAGAUACCCAUGUUCGCUUUCUGGAACAUGUGGUGUCUCGGAUCACCUUGGACUUCCCGACCCGAGGUGAUCUAACCAUAGCGUUGAUCUCACCGGCUGGCACCAGGUCCACACUGCUACCUCGUAGGCCCCAUGAUAGGAACAGGAAAGGAUUUAAAGGGUGGGAGUUCAUGACCACUCAUUCGUGGGGAGAGAACCCUCAAGGAGAAUGGACCUUGGAGAUCAAGAAUCAUGGUGUCAAUGAUCAAUCAGGAAUCCUACAUGACUGGACCCUGCUCCUGUAUGGUACGCAGCCACAUCCCGUCGAGACUCACGAAGGACCUACACACUGUGAAGAAGGCCAGUACAUGGUGUCCAACACCACUAGUGAUGUUGUCGUCCACGAAUGCCAAGCCUGCCAUAAUGCCUGUCUGACGUGCUAUGGAGCCGAUAACGGUCAGUGUGUCCAUUGCCCGGAAUACCUGGAGAAAGACGGUGGGUUCUGUUUGACCCCCUCAGCCAGCUCCUCUCCAAUGUUCAAGACGAGCUCUUGGCUAGUCUUAGGUGGAUGCAUCACCGUUCUGUGUCUUGCUUUCUUUCUCUUAUUCUGCAUCAUCUUUGGUUCUCUCCAAGCUGCCGAUCACGGCUACUGCGCGUGCAGCGGUAAGGACUGGAUAAGUAGCAGUGACAGCGAUGACUACAACUAUCGGCAGCUCAUGAAGUUAGAAGAGAAUGAAGACGAAGAGGAGACACUGCUGUCCGUUCAGAAGAAUGGCAAACUGCCACCUUUAUGAAGCCAAAGUUUCAUGGAACAAUAUCUCUCCUUUUUGUAUAAUUUCAAGUCCCAUGCUAAAAUUAAAUUAAGAACUAUUUUCUUAUGCUUAUUACAUGCAGGAAUGUAAAAGUUAGUCAUAUCAUAUGAAUAUAUAUUGUGUUCUUCUUUCAUUUGAUGCUCACAUCUUCAUAUCUGAUUGGCCCUUCGAUUGUUUCAACUAACUGAAAACCUCAAACAAACAUAACAGAAUAUUGCUUGAUAAUUUGUAAAUAAGCAUCAUUUAUAAGUCUGUUCACCCUGUGUCUUAACCACAAAAUAUGUGGAUAUAAUUUCUCCUGUUUUCCUAUUUAACUAAUCUUUUAUUAACAAUUUCUAUGGACUUAUCUACUUGUUAAUAACAGUGAUGUUUUCUUGUCAGUUUUAUGGAGACCUCAUGUCUCCAUGUUAUCAACUUCAGGCCUGUUGGAGGCAAUCACACAUCACCAGUUUAAAUGGCUGUUCAAAGCUAUUUAUUAAAGGUUGUGGUCAAUUAAUUUUCAAUGAGUUACGACAAAGCACAUAUUGCUAUACUAGGCAAGCACAUUUCAAACAUAAUUGCGAAAUGUAACACACUGAAAGUGAAUUCAACAUACUAUGAUAUAAAGGGUUCUGAUUUUUCUCCAACUUUCGGGGCAAUCUUUUGUGAACCGCUAUCAAAACCAGCAAUAUGUAAUUGUCCCUUUGGCCUCUAUUCUGGUUUUGUUGAUUUUUUCCUCUGAAUGAUACAGUAUAAGCUACUUUCUUCAUAAAUCCGUGCAUUUUCAAGCCUUUGAUCAUUGCUUACCAGCCUUGUUAAUAAAAAAAGCAGGAUUUAAUCUGAUUUUCAACUAUAGCAUAAGUAUGGAUUCAACUGUGGUGUACGUAUCAAUUUAUGACAUAAAUAGCAACCUCUUGCUAGACAAAAGAGGUUGCUAUUUAUGUCAUAAAUUGAUACGUACACCACAGUUGAAUCCAUACUUAUGCUAUAGUUAAAAAUCAGAUUAAAUCCUGCCACAACUAUAGACCAGAGUUUAAAAUUGAACUUGACUUCAGAAUAUGUACCUAUGAGGUUGCCAUCAAUGUCAUAUUUCUGAAACAUAACACUUGCUGAGCUGUCCUCAAAACUUCUUUUAAUGGGGAAACAACUAUUUAACACCCCAGCUAAGAUAUUAAACUUCUGGAUGACAAAGUAUGAAAUUUUUGGCUGCCCUUCGAUGAAAUCAAGUCGAGUCAAUUGUCUUAAUAUAUUUAUCUGCAUUUUUGUCCUGUAAAGUUCCAAAUGAGUAUUGAAACACAUUGUCUAUUAAUACCAAAGCUCUUCGUUUGAGGUACAAGGUCCUUCUUUUUCUGCUAGAUGUGGGGUUAUGAGAGGGUUGGUAUGUGUAAUGAUAUUAACUGCAGUUGAAAUGUAAGUUGUACCAUAAGUGUCUUAUUCUGUAUUGGUUGUACACACCGAUGUCAUUGAUUAUUUAGUAUUGUCAGGCCUAGAUUUUUUCAUUCCAUACAGGAUUUGAUAAUGAUGUGUUUUGAAUUCUCUCUAAUAAAAAGGUGAGUAUCAUUAUUAUAUUUUACUUUAGUACAUCAGUAUCACCCCGUAACAGCCCCUCUAAGUCACCUGUAUUUAUAUUCUAGGGGUAUAUCCUCUGAAAGCAGCAGUCUUUUGAUAUUUAUUUGAGAACUGUGUAGAAGGUUUAUUAUCCUCCAAGAUAGUUGAUAUUAAAAAUAAAUAAUAAAUGGUUACAUUUAUAUAGUGCAUUAAUACUCUUUUUCUAAGUGCUGUUAUAAAUUGUAAUUAUUAUUGCCCUGGUCAUUGGAUCCUUGUAUGCCUGCACACAAUGUAUGCACAUUCCCCAUACCCUGGGGAGCAUUCCAACAAGAGGUCAAAGUAUGCUAGGCAUACUACAUAGGCUUUCGCAUCCUACUGGGUACCCAUUUAACACCUGGGUGGAGAGUCGCAAAGUGUGUAUUGACGCCUUGCCAAAGAUCAGUAGGCCGCGGUGGGAUUCGAACACACUGCCCUCUGAUUACAAGGCAAGAGUUUGAACUGCUUCACCGUGAUACUUCCAAUCAAAUCAAUUGAAUUCACUGAGAUCUAGAAAAUUACAGGAAAAUUUGGCCUGAUUGAUAUAGCACAAACUUAUAUGAUGUAUACUGGUAUUUACACUGAUGCAAAUGGUAUGGAAGGAUAUAAAACUUGUUCAAAAUUAGAGAGGUGUUAGUAGUUUACAUGUACAUCAUGGAGGCCAUUAUCAUUAACACCAAGGUCUAUUUGGGACAGUUUUAGCACAUGGGAUGGUGUUUGAACUGCUUCAGAGGUAAGAAGUGUGAGUAAUUAUUAUAAUACUUGAACGAAUUUACGUGUAUUAUGAUUUUGUUUUAUUAGAUAAUGAAGUAGAUCCUUGUUAUUUAAUAAAAAACAUCGUCAUUUCAAUACCAUAACUGGUCAAUGAAACUAGACAAUACAGUGAAUUUUCCGGUAGGCUAAAGAGAAUGGCGGGUCAUGCGAUAGAUUCCGCUAAUCAGUUUAAUGAGGAUCCUUAUCCACAUUGUAUAAUUAGAAUAUAGGAUUUAAUUUGAUGAUCUGUUUGUACAUGUUGUUACUUUAUUAGGGCAAUAUACAGAAAAUGAUUAACAACUUAUUUAUCGUAUAUUGCAUAGGUCAAGGCUAUAUUAUAUCUACAUUGUACCCUUUAAAUUGUGAUUUGUUAACUGCCAUAGGAUGGUUCAUCAUUAUUAUAAAAUCAUGAGGCAAAAUUCAGAAAUUUGGUCUUUUUGUAAGUAUGUCCUGUCAAAAUAUACAAAGGACAAGAAUUUGAAAAUAUGUAUUAUUUUUGUUGGAUAAUUUUGUGACUACUCCUUUGUAAAGUAUGCAUCUGGCCAGGAGAAUGAUGGAAAUUAUUUUUGAUUUGUUUGUACAUAUUAGCCAUUAAUUUGAAUCAAAAUAUGAUAUCUGAUUUUAAUUUCAUUUUCAAAUGAGCUUGUAGGGAGAAGUUCAAUCGAUGAGAAUGGAUUAAAAAUUUUGAUUUUGGAAAAUAAUCUUGUUUUGAUUUUGUACUUGUAAAAAGUGCUCCCCCUGUUUUAUGGCAUUAACAAAUAUUAUAUGUUAAUUAAAUACUUGGUCAAUUAAUUUAACAACUGCCAUGAUAUCAUAAUGAAAGUAAAAACUUUUCAGCAAAAAAGGGAAAAUAUUUUAGCUUGCUUUUAUGAAUAUGCACCAUGUAAAGCAGUACUUGUCAUUAAGUUAUUAGUAUAUACAUUGCAUACAUUCAUUUACUUUCUAUAUCUCAAUUUUUAGCAUGAAAUUUCUGGUACAUGUAUGUAGUUUAUCUAGACCAAUUGCUCUAAAAUGAAGAAAUGUGGACUGAAACCAGAGUAUGCUGAAAACGACCUACACAAAUAAGCACAUGUGGGCACAUAAUGUGUAAUUUACUGCUUGGACCAAGACCUGUUAGCCUGACAGAAUGACCAGCUUGCCUUGCUUAUAACUCACCAAUUACCAAUUUUUGACUGAGAAAACAUUUGCAUGAUUUUUGUUUCAAUUAUGUAGAUACAAACAUUUGGUAUUUAAUGAUCCUUACCACAAAUGGAAGUUAAGUUUAAUGAGGUUGAAUUGGAAACCAUUAGUGGUUUGGGCCAGUUAAGACUGAACUUGAUUGUGAUACAGCCAUUGUUCUUAGGUUGACAGAUGUAACUGUGUCUAGCCAUUUUCAGAUUUUAGUACCAAACAAUCAGCAAUGCUAACAGAAUGUUAAACGGUAAAGCCCAUAACUCAGUUCAACUUAAUGCCCUUUAUGCAUCGACAUCAUUGUGGUGCCAUUUUAUAGGUUGAAGCCAUUGCCUUGGAAUCUGCAUAUCAUGCUGAUGAAACCUCAUAUCUCAAGAUUUAAAUAUUUUGAUAGGUCAGGAUAAGCUAGAUUUUAGAGUUAUAUCAUGGAUAGCGACCUCCUUUUGCCUCUAAAGAGUUCUUCACAGGUAUUAGGAGAGUGUUUUCAGACAAUAUGAGAUUGCCACCAUUGCUUAUAUUUUUAAAAUACAGCCUUUUCUAAGCUGCCCUCAAUUUUUAAAUUUUAUUUUGAGGUACAAGGUUUUUUUCAGCCUGGUCAUGAUAUGUUGCAUAUUUGCCGCUGCAUUAUGUCUACAGCUGUAUCUCUUAUUAAGCAAGAUCUGUGUCAAAUAGCUUUGAUAAAAAUAUUUCUGUGUUUGAGAUAGCUUUCAACUAUAAGAGCAAUUAGAUAAAUACUUCUCAGUUCUGAUGCUAUAGAGAUUGUCACCAUAUUUCAGAUCCCUCUCAAAAUGCAUGUCAAAUCGGUGACACAUUUUCUCUUGCGCCAUUUUGGUCUGGUCAUAGUAUAUCAGAGUGCACAGGGUUAGAGUUAGGAUUGCAAUUAUAGAGUUUUUGUUUCAGAAUAAUGUGAAGAUAAGGAUUAGGGUUUAUUUAGUUUUGGAGGUUAGGUUUUAUGUUUGGCUUAAUGUGCGGGUUUUCCAUGGGAGCAAUUGUUGCCAGAGCAAAUGUCAUGAUAGAGAAUGGAAACUUCACGCAUCUGCUGAAUUCACAAAGAUUGUUUUGAAAAUGUGGUUUCAAACCAACAGAUCGUUAUGCAGAUUUUAUUUUCAAUUAUGCUUUGAAAAGGUGGCCAGUAAUGAAUGCACGCUUUUGUCACAUGGAGAUAAAUUGAGACUUGUUACUAAAAAAGAUAACAAGUAAAAGUGGACUCGUUAUCACAUUUACCUUAAGAAUACUCCUGUUAAUUGAACAGCUCCAUGUCAAAAAUAUGCAUUCGUUACUAGAUGUGUUCUCAAUAGCGUGCUGGAUAAAGCAUUUUCGAUGCAAAAGAAUCUGGAUAAACCAAGAAUUCAAAACCAUCUUUGUGAAAUCUGGCCAUUAAGAUUGUCAAGUGUUCCUACAUGUAUGUCUGAUACAUGCUGAAUUAGCUAGUCAUAUAUUUUACUAUUUCCCUGUAUUUAUGUUAUCAUAUUAGUCAAUGGUUCAUUUGACCAGUGAAAAUGUUAUAUUUAAAUAUAUGGUAAAUAUAGAUACAUUGAGCAGAAUGAUAUGGUAUGGAUAUGAAUCAACUUUGAUUAUUUUCCACUUUGAUUUUAAUAUCUGAAUAAAGCAUCAAUGUUUUGUAAUAUUUUUUGUGUUAUGUAUUCCCUUCUUUUCUAAAUUACUUACAUUCGAUAUUGAAUUUGACAGGAACUAAUUCCUUGGCAUGCCUUUUCAUUUUAUAAAUAACAUCCAGAAUUGCACAGAGGUCCUUAGAUGAUAAUACCAGAUAAGUAUUGAGUAUCAUCAUUUUUUAUUCUGAAUCUUGACAUUCGUAAAUUUUGGCAAAAAAAGCGGUAACGACAUAAAAACAAUUGCAUUUAUAUUAUCUUUCAAAGCUUUUUUUGUGUGGAAAACUGAUGAAAGAGAAUUGCCCAAACUGUUCAUUUAUGAAAAAGAGUGAAAAUCAAGGAAAAUGUCAUCUUGUUUAUCCUUCGGGCAAGGUACAUGUAUGUUGUAAAAGUAAAUUCUAAUUGCAUUUGGUAUACUUUUUUAAGCAACACAAAAAGUAACAAUUAUUCAAGAGCAAGAUUUAAAGAAAGACCAUGCCUUGUUUAUUUGAUACAAUAGCAGUGCAGCGUCAAUCAAUUAAAUAUUUGUCAUUCUUACUUUUCUAUUAAUAAAUACUAAUCCUGACCGUGAAGUAGAUAUAGUUCAACUUCAUGCAUCGAUGUAUGAUAAAAACAAUAUAUACAGAGAAAGAGACCUUGUUCAUAAUCUAAUAUUCAUACAAAUUGUCAUAUACAGA